AUGAGUGCUUUAGUAUUAGGUGCCACAGGCCUUUGUGGUGGGGGGUUUCUGAAGGAGGCCGAAAAGACAGGAAAGUUUAACACCAUAGUCACUUUAACUAGAAGAGCCCUUCCUAAGUCAGAUUCCAUUGCAACACAGAUCGUAGAGCCUGAUAAUUCCAAAUGGUCACACUUGAUACCAGAAAACACAAAGUAUUUGUUUACUGGGUUAUCUAUGACCAGUUAUGCACUUGGCGGGUUUGACAAUCAGUACAAGAUUGACCAUGACCUAAAUCUUGAACUGGCCAAGGCAGCAAAGGCAAAAGGAUGCUCUACCAUAGUGGUGGUUAGUUCUGACCGUGCCUCUUUGGAUUCAAGAUUCAGUUAUAUGAGAAUGAAGGGGGAGAUUGAAAGAGAUAUUGUUGCGUUAGAUUUUGAUCAUACUAUUAUUUUGCGUCCUGGGAUCUUAUUGGGAGAAAGAGAUCCUCAGACUGCCCAUAAAUCUUUCACCCACGAUGCAAUGAGAAUGAUAGGUGGGAUGUUUUAUAGAUCCAGACUAGCUUGGCUUGCUGAAUAUCCAAUUUAUGGUGAUGAAGUAGGUAAAGUUGGUGUUCAUUUAGCUUUAAAUAAAGAUGGAGAGAAAGUCCAAAUUUUGGAGAGCAAAGAGAUUUUAGAUAUUGCAGCUGGACUUUCUAAGUAA